AUGGCGCGAACGAGCAGUAAGGCCAAGCUGUCCCGUGGAAUGGGUGACCAUCCGAAAGUGCGCAAGAAAUCAAAACUUGUGGUGACAUUUGACCCAGAUAAACGUAAGGAGUACCUCACCGGUUUCCACAAGCGAAAACAGGAGCGUCGUCGUUUUGGUUUGGACAUGGAGGCGUACAAGACCAAGAAGCGGCAGCUGGAGAUCAAAAGGCAGCGAAGGGAAGAGCAGAAGGAAAUGAUGGCGGCACUAAAUCUUCUUGAUGACUAUAAGAAGAGGGAUGAGGAGGAGAACGAUGAUCUGGAUGAUGGCGAUGACGCCUGCAGUGCCAAGGCCGUGACUAAAAUUGAAACCUUCAACGAUAGUUUUACACAGGGCAAGUUUGGUGAUAUUGUGACCGUCACGACAUCGGUUGGCAACCUUCAGAGCGAAAGCGAUGAUAGUUGUGAAGAGGAAACCGACGAGUCAAUACAUUCGGCGUUUCAACAAAAGAAAAGUGGUGGUGACAAGGAACAAUAUCUUACACUUUUUCAGCGAAUUCAGCAGCAACGCAAAGGCAAAGCGCUGCCGUCCAAGCGCUCCAAACUCAAAGAUGCGCGUGCUUUUCAGAAGGGUGGAGCUGUCUCUAACAAGAAGCGCGGUGUUGAAGACGGAAAAAACGGUGGAUCUGCCGCUAGCAAGCUUAGUAAACAGCUUAAGAUGAAGCGUCAGCAAAGAGGAGGCAACAAGCGCUACAGAAAGCGGUAA